CACAAUUGCUCCCCAGUAUUCUCUAGUCCUUUGGAAAUGGCAGUGUUUCUUUUGUAAUUCCAAAUCCAAAGAUGAUGCUUUCAACCGUUUUCUCCUCUCCCCACCAAACCCUUAAACCCUCUUUCCUACCUCACCUCAAAACCAAUUCAUUUUCUCGAUCCGCUCUUCAAAACCAUGACCAAAUUGUUCCAUGUCCUUCUUGUUCAACCAAAAUUCGUUCUCAUGAACCAUCACUUAGCUCUAGUUUCCUUGGAUUUUCCCGAAUCAAAAGAUUCGGUUUGUCAUAUAGCAGACAGUGGAGUUUUUCAGUGAAGUCAGGGAAGGGAGACGGAGGGGAGAGUAAGAACAGUAAUGGAAGUUCCGAAGAAGCUGAAAAUUUGGCUAGAGGCGAGAGUACAAUGCCUGAACGGUUCAGGUACUUGACCAAACAAGCACCUGAUCGACCUUUGAGGUGGCCUUGGUUUGUUGCACUUGCAUUUCUUACAUAUACAUGGAGGGCAGUUCUGUUCGAACUGGGUAAUUGGAGAAAGACUGCACUGAGUGUUGCUCAAUUUGUUGGAUACCUCCUGAGAUUCAUCUUAGCUCGUAUCUUCCAUUUCAUAGGAGAUCCACUUACUUUCCUGAUCAGAUGUGUAGAAACUGCUAUCUAUAGCAUCCGAGCAUUCUACUCCAGGAUUUUGGCAUAUGCUCCUAUCCCUGAAUUGACUGUGAUUAUCAUACUUGCAUCAGCCGUUCUUGCCAUUGCAGAAGCUGCUGUUCCAGAUGCUGUCAGCAGCCAGCCACAUCUUCUUACAUUAGCUGGCCUAAUUGGCUAUGCUGCUGUAAGAAGCUACAUCUCCGAGCCAUUCCUCUGGACACUUCUGCUGGGAAUGUAUGGUUACUCACGAUUAAUUAAAAAGAAGGAUGAUGUUACAUCUGCAUUACCUGUUGCAGCUGUUUUAGCUGCCAUUGGCGAGCCAUGGAUUAGAAUUGUGGUGGUGGCUCUGUACAUAGCUCUAGCUAUUUCUCACCAUUACAAGAAGCUUUCAGAAGGAAAGGAGGAAGUUGAAGUAUUAGCAACUGACAGGAAGGUUCCAUUGCCAUUGCUAGGUGCUGCCUUGGCCAUUGGAAUCCGUGUUGCUGCUAAGUGGGCAGGGUAUCGGCACUUGACGUGGAUGACAGUAUGAGGACGAAGAACUGCUCCCCUUACUCUUUUUUCCAUUGCUGAAGACAAUGAUUUUUCUGAAAGACUCAACAGGGAAAUACCUGUAGUGGCAAUCUAAUUUUCUGCUGUUGUUUUUUUUAUUUAAUGUGAUGAUCUUUUUGUUUUAAUUUUAUACUUGGCGGCAUUUCGUGAUGUACACAAAGUAAUGGACAGUCAAUAAUUUUAGGUUACUUGGAGAAUAGAAGUAUGAUUAUUUGGCCAA